AACGGUCUGAGAGAAGCAAUUAGCCUUUCAAUGUUCGUCCGGAAGUGGUAAGAGCAGUUUCUCUCUCAAAUGUGGUAAAUUUACGGCUUACUGACAGUUCCUGAAAACGGUCGAAAUGAAACAAGCGGUCAUACUCUUCCUAGUGGUGCUAGGAUGCCACAAUGGGAAGCCCUAUGUGGCGCCAGUUCUGAGCGUCUGCUCGAGGAGUGAUCCCAAUUUGGAAAAGUGUAUUAUGAACGUUGUGGACGGCAUUCGACAGAAUGUGAUCGAUGCAAAUUACGGAGAUGGUCGGCAGGCACCGAAGUUCGAUCCGAUCUACUUCGAUCGGAUGGAAAUCAACAACGGAGCUGGAUUUCGUUUGGUGUUGUCCAAUGUGACCAUCAGAGGGACAGGCGGAUUCGUUAUCAAGAAAAUUCGAUCUGAUCUAGCUGCCAAAAAGUUCGACAUCAUAUCGAUCAUACCGAAGAUGAGCAUUGUUGGGCAGUAUGAUCUCAGCAUGAAUAUUCUACUGUUGAGGGCUGCAGGAAAAGGAGAUUUUCGGCUGCAACUUAAUGACACAAUUGCCAGCCUCAAAGUGCAGUACCGGCUUGCACCGGAAGGAGACAAAAACUUCGUCCGGUUCGACCCGAUCGACCUGAAACUGAAGUUCCCCAAGGCCAAGUUCUACUUCACCGGUCUGUUCAAUGGCGAUCCAGCGCUGGAGGAAUUCGGUAACCAGGCCAUCAACGAUAAUCCCAACCUGAUAUUGGACGAAGUGAAACCCAGCUUCGAGAAGAACUUGGGCCGGGUGUUUACCGAUAUUUCCAACAGCGUCGUGGAGGGAGCGGAAGAGUUCGAAUUGCUGCCACCGUGAAAUUUGGUUCCUGUUUAGAUGAGAAAUAAAUAUGCGUUACGUAACUUUU